CCACAGGGGCUACACGGCCUGAUUAGGGCCAUCCAAGGCGUGCAUGUGACCUGCAAUCCUGGCCCCAUUGUUUCCUACCUCAGGCUUAAUGUCUCGUUUCAAAAUGGUUACUACUGGCCCGGAGAAGGACGUGCGCAAGGCUGUUUGAAAGCCAAACGCAUGCUCAUAAAAUGUUAUUAUUCAUGCUCUGUCCGAAUGUUUCUGCGCUGUAUGUGUUGUAAAUAAGAUCGUUCUCGCUGUUCCAGAUAUGGAGUCAUUAGACUCAUUAGUUAAGUAGCUGAAUUUGAAUGGUAGGGGUCGGCGCUCUUCGGGGCGCCUCAUUAUGCAGGCGCAUUAAAAGAAAGCAGUGGGGGGCAACUGGGUGGUUAAGGGCUCGAACAAAAAGAGGGGCAGGGUCUGCGAGGAGGGUAGGAUUCAAAUUCUAAGUGGUAAGAUGUCCCCAUUGUCAGUGGGGUAUAUAGCAAGCAGAGAGAGAGUUGGCACAACAGAGAAGCUGCCUGCGAAGAUCCAAAGGCCAGGAUUUAGAAAUAUCACCAUGGCCUCCUCGCGCUGCCUUUGGAUUUCUCUAUUUCUUCUAUCAGUGAUGACAAGUUACAUUGGAGUAUUUGGUCGUGCAGUAGACACGCUGGGAUUUCUGUCACAGUCUCCGAAAACUGCAGCUGAAUCCUCCGGACAAACUUUACGCACGGACGCUUUGAGGCGCGGGGGCGCGGAGACGCACCGGGAGCGGUGCGCAGAGCUGGCGGCGCCUUGGCUGGAAAACACACAACGAGCUCCGGAGGAUAAUGCAACACUGUUGCAGAUCCGUGUUCGGCCCUUUUCCCCGGGUGCCUCUCAGGGCCUGAUAUUCCCUGGAAAGUCUCUGUUCAGCUUUGUGCGACGGGUUUACCACUGCUGUCAAGAGGGACGGAACUGCAGGAGCGUAAAGGGAAUCCAAGGUCGCGUGAGAGGAGGCACAAAUGUGGAGUUCCUCCUCACCAGGGACAUGUUAUCAUUGACUGUCAUCAGAGCCGAGCUUCACCUCCAACUUUCCAACCCACAGCAACUGGAUAUCCAUCCUGUGCUUUUAUCUAUGGCAAAGCGAGGCCUUCCUACAAGGUACGGUGUGUGGUCACGGGGCAACAUGGUGGAGCUGAGAGUGGAUCUGCUGCUCCUGUUUCAGAGUCUGCAGGAGGCGGCGGGUGGUGCCGGAGGGGGUCCCAGCUUGAUGAACAUGAGGCGGUUGGCGUUUUCUUCCAGGGGCUAUCCACCAGGAGAAAAACCUGCUUCUGGGGCUCUGCAGGACACUGAUGGGGAUGUGUGGGGGAAGGGGGUUGGCGGCACGCUGCCUGCUCUGGAGCGGGGCUUGGUCCUGGACUGCAGUCAGGCUGGAUCGGGGGUGUCCUGUGGAGCCGGCGGUGUUCACCUCUCACACACACCUUUCAUGGCUCUGUACUACAGAUGA